AUGGAGAACAGCCCGGCCCCUCCCAAGUCGUGGCCGCUGGACAAGCAGACGCUUCCAGUGCCCGGCACGCAGAAGCCCGGCUUCUCGGCCAUCUACCGCAACGCGGCGGUGCCCGAGCUCAAGACGACGCAGACGACGUACGACAUCUUUGCGCGCGGCAAGUCGUUUGACCCAAAGGCGCAGUGCGCCGGCUGGAGGCCCUGGAACGCCGACAAGAAGAACUUUGAAAACUACUACGAGUGGCUCAGCUACGACGAGGUCGAGGAGCAGCGCACCGCCGUCGGAUCGGCCCUCACCCACCUCGCCCGCCAGGGCAAGCUGGGCGACGACGUCGGAGACCGCGACUGGUCCGUCGGUCUCUGGGUGCUCAACCGGCCCGAAUACCUCAUCGUCGACCAGAGCGCGCUGGCCUACAGCCGCCGCACCGUGAGCCUGUACGACAGCUACGACACGCCCUCGGCCUCGUACAUCCUCAACCACGCCGAGGUGCGCAUCGUCUUCACCACGCCCUCGCACGUCGCCGCCGUGCUGUCCGAGAAGGGCGCCGGACGCCUGCCGCAGCUCAAGGCGCUCGUCGUCCUCGACGCUUUCCGCCUGCCCAAGUCGCAGUGCGACCUGGCCCCCUCGGACCCGACGCGCGACCUGCUGGCCAAGCAGUGGGCCGCCACCGUCGGCGUCGAGACCUUCACCUGGAACGAGAUCCUCGAGACCGGCCGCCGCGGCAUCGUCGCCCACACGCCCCCGCACAUCGACGACAUUGUCUCGUUCUGCUACACGUCGGGCACCACGGGCAACCCCAAGGCCGCCAUCAUCACCGCCGGCAUGGGCUACUUUUGCGGCGCCUCGCUCGGCCUGCACAUCAACGAGGCCUACGUCCUGCUCUCGUACCUGCCCACCGCCCACAUCUACGCCCGCGGCGUCGAGCAGUUUGCCCUGCGCAACGGUGGCAAGAUUGGCUUCUUCUGCGGCGACACGACCCGCCUCGUCGAGGACGCCCAGAUCCUCCAGCCGUCGAUGUUUGCCUCGGUGCCCCGCGUCCUCAACCGCAUCGCCGCCCUUAUCGAGGCCCAGGCGCGCGCGCCCGGCCUCAAGGGCAAGCUGCUCCGCACCGCCAUCGACGCAAAGGUGGCCAACCACGACCGCGACGGCACCCUCACCCACGCCCUCUACGACCGCCUCGUCUUCAACAAGGUCAAAAAGGUUCUCGGCGGCAACGUCAAGUUUAUCGUCUCGGGCAGCGCCCCCAUCCGCCCCGAGGUUCUCAAGCUCCUCCGCGUCGCCUUCAACUGCGACGUCCGCGAGGGAUACGGCCAGACGGAGAACUACGGAUCCUGCCUCCUCAUGAACCCCAACGACACGUCGCUCGGAACCUGCGGGCCCAUCAUCCCCGGCGUCGAGUUCAAGCUGCGCGACAUCCCCGAGCUCGGCUACACGUCGGCCGACAAGCCCUUCCCGCGCGGCGAGCUCCUCUCGCGCGGCCAAAACACCUUCCCCGGCUACUACAAAGACCCGGCCAAGACGGCAGAGACCAUCGACGAAGAGGGCUGGCUCCACUCGGGCGACGUCGUCCUCAUCGACGAGCGCAAUCGCGUCAAGAUCAUCGACCGCGUGAAGUCCCUCGUCAAGCUCUCUCAGGGCGAGUACGUCGCCAUCGACGCCCUCUCCGAGUUCUACAACCGCUGCCCGCUCUCGGCCCAGAUCCUCGUCCACGGCGACUCGUUCCGUGACUACCUCGUCGCCGUCGUCGUCCCCGAGCCCUCCGUCUUUGCACCCUGGGCCAGCAAGGUCCUCGGCCGCUCCAUCGCCGAGUCCGACGUCGCCGCCAUGGCCGACGCCGCAAAGGACCCCAAGCUCGUCGCCGCCUACCUCGCAGAGUACACCAAAAUCGCUCGCGAGAACAAACUCAAGGGAUUCGAGUACAUCAAGGGCCUGCACAUCUCCAUGGAGCCUAUGAGCGUUGAGAACGGCCUAAUCACGCCCACUCUGAAGGUCAAGACGGCAGUCGCUGUGAAGCACUACAAGGAGGCCAUUGACAAGCUGUACGAACAAGGUCCGGCGACCGUCAGCUCGAAGCUCUGA